AUGGCUGUCCGUUUUCGGCCGGUCAUUUUGGUAGGCAGGCGAGGCAGGCGUUGUUUGGCGACUGGGAGCCCAACCCCAACCGUUUCAAGGCGGCUCUUGAACUUGGCAUGGAGUGGUGUCCGUGGCACAUGCACUGCCAGUGGAGCAGUGGGUCUUUCAGCCUUCGGGUUGGUCAUAUGCCCGUAUGUGUCGCGGCGUGCUCCACUGGACGAAGCCAGCCGUGAGGCCCUUCAGGAGGACCUGGUGCAGAUUUCUGCCCUUGACAGUGGCGACCUGCUAACAGCGCAGGACAUUUGGUCUGCAAUUUCAGAGUUGCGGGCACCGGCUUUUUCCUUCCAUGAUCUCCAACGGCCAUUCUGCUUUAGCAUCUUCCAGCUCUUGGGUCGUUUUACCUUCGCCUGCUACUCUGAUGCCUCUGGGGUCAUGACGCUUCACGAGUUUCAGUGUGCUGUUCACAAAAUGGUGGACCUGGCCCUGGAACUUCACAGCCAAACAGCAGAGUCGACCGGCGAGGUUCGUGCUGCUGCUGUCCGAGAGCUCACCUCAAUUGUGGUGCCCGGCCUCUUCCGCGUGCUGGACUUUGAUCAAAGUGGUGACAUUGGCACUCACAAGUUCAUUCGCGGGGCAUUGCUCCUCCUAGCCACAGUUCAAGGUGCACCGCUGGACACUCCACAACUAGCAGACUUGGCCUUCCGCGUGGUUGAUGCAGAUGGGGACGGCCUAGUAACUGUCGCAGAACUGAAAAAGUGGGUGGCGCUGGCGCUCGAGCAUGAAGUAGUGGACAAAGAGCUUCAGUCAGAGGCACGGGGUCCUUUCGGUCUAUUUGGCGUCCGCAUGCUGACACCUGAGCAACUGGCAUCGAAAUGGCUUCGAGAAGCUGACGUGGAUCGAGAUGGCAAACUCCUGCCCGAUGAAUUUCAGAUUUUGGCACCCCGACUUCGAAUCCAUCGAGUUAUCGCCAGCAUGGCCGGGAGGUUUGCAGCUCGCCUUCCAGAGCAAUAG